AUGAGCUGGUCAAAUAAUCACCGUGUGAUCUGGGACUUAUCUCAGUCUCAGUAUUACAACACACAUAGACAAACAUUGAUCUUAUGUGACUGUUCUGAUAGUUCACCAGGAUUCACUUUGUUUUAUUUACUGUCACCAAGCAUGAAUAGAAGAAUCCAGAGAUCUUGUGUUAGAAUGUAUAACAGAUAUUACAUAUCUAGUUCUAAAUUCAGACAGAUCGUGUGUUCUGAAUCAAGAAGAAAGUCAACUCAGCAUGGACCCUGUGCCAGUAGAACAUAUAGAACAAUAGAAUAUGAUACUGCCUUCUGUUUUGUUUGUGACUUUUGGCCCCCAUCUGCCUCCUCGUGGAUAGACAGAUGUCGCUCAUGGCCCCAGCCUCAUACAGUUGAUGAUAUAGUAAAAAAAGGAUGUCACUUUGUAGCAAUAGGACAUAAGUUAGGACGAAAUGAAGACCAUGAAUGGAGAAUUUCUUUUUCUCUGGCUGAACAAAAACUUGUGUAUGCAAUGAACCACUGUCAGUUCUUAACUUAUGGCCUGCUUAAAUUGUUCUUAACAGAAAUAAUUAACAAUGGAGUAGGUGAUGAAGAUAAAUUACUUUGUUCCUAUCACACAAAGACAGCAGUUUUCUGGGUGAUUCAACAAAAUAUAAUACCUUACUGGUGGUCGCAAAAUCUCCUGGGGUGUUUCUGGGUCUGUUAUAAACUCAUCCUCAAAUUGAUGUAUGAGGGGGUCUGUCCUAACUUUUUCAUUCCAGAUAACAACAUGUUUCUGAGUAAAAUUCAUGGUGACAAACAACAUCAAUUAUUUAUUAGACUGUAUGGAUUGUAUGAGAAGGGUAUAACAUUCCUGCUACUCAGUCCCUCCAUUAGCUCUUAUAUUAUAAAUGUCCUUCAUAACCCCAGACUCUCUAUCUGUGCAGAUGAACAUAAUCUGAUUUCUGAGACCCAGUUUGAUUUAAACCUAUUACAAAGAUGA